CGGCGCGCUUGGGCGGUGGAUUCAAAACGGAAAGAGUGAUUCGGGCGGGUCGGAGGGUCGGGCUGAAACGCAGCGCCGGGAAUGAUGGAGGUGGCGGAGACCGAGGCCGAGGCCGCAGCCGCAGAGAGCCUGCCGUUUCCCUUGUUUCCUUGCCCCUUCAGGGCCCUGGCCAAGCUGGCAAACGUCCUGGAGCCUAUAGGCCUGCGGGAAGAGGCAGAACCGCCCGGACAGAUCCUGGCUGAGUUUGUGAUGGAUUCCCGGAAGAAGGACAAGCUGCUCUGCAGCCAGCUUCAGGUAGUGGACUUCCUGCAGAACUUUUUGGCUCAGGAGGACAUCGUCCAGGGCCUGGACCCCUUGGCUUCUGAAGACAGGAGCCGACAGAAGGCCAUUGCAGCCAAGGAGCAAUGGAAAGAGCUGAAGGCUACCUACCAAGAACACGUGGAGGCCAUCUCAAGGGCGGUGAUCCACGCCCUGCCCAAGAUGGAGGAGGCCCAAAAGAAGCAGGCACAGCUCCAGGAGGCCCUUGACCAGCUCCAGGCCAAGAAGCAAGUAGCUAUGGAGAGACUCAGAACAGCCCAGAAACAGUGGAAGCUGCAACAGGAGAAGCGUCUACAGCACUUAGCAGAAGCUUCUGCAGAGGUGAGGCAGCGACAGGCAGGAACUCAGCAGGAGCUUGAGCAGCUGUGUCAGGAACUUGGAACCUUGAAGCAGCAAGCAGGGCAGGAGCGGGACAAGCUGCAGAGGCACCAGACCUUCCUUCAACUGAUGUACACCUUGCAGGGUGAGCUGCAGUCCCCCGAGACAGAGGCAGAGCUACCACAAGAUUCGGAUCUUCCUGAGGAUAAGUCACAGCUGCUGACCCAAUCCCGGCAGCAGGCCGCGGGGGAUGGCAUGGGGAGAGAUGGAAGUGUGUCCUCCAAGUGGGAAGAACCACAUUCAGAAGCCAACAACAUGACAAGUGCCGGAACUGGUGUGGAUUUAGAGGGUGCAAAUGGGUAGGGGGCCCUGGCCUGGGGCCUCAGCAGUUGCUUGUUCAAAUCAAUAUGAUGCAAACACGCUGAGCUUAAUCCAGGGAGGAGGAGAAUGCUUUAGGCGGGUGGUUAGAUACGGAGAGAGAACUUUAAUCGCCAAUCUAAAUGUUUAUUGAAGCCCUUCUACGCGCCAGCCCUCCUGCUGUGAACUGGCGCUACCAGUCCCUGGCCCCUUGGAACAUAACGAGCUCGAACAAGUAAACAGGUCAAUAAGAUGAUCUCAGAAUGUGGCGAAACAGGGCAGCAAACUAAAACAGUAAUAUGAUGAAGUGCAGUACCAAGAAUAUAGAGGAUGAUAUAUCUAUCCGUAUUGGCCCAUGUCUGUGUGAGUUAGCAUUUCCAUUUGUAUGUACAUGUGCCUGUAUCUGGUUUUAUGUUGUUUUAAACUCCGGUUCACGUUCAGUAUUAUUCUCUAUACGGUUCCUAUGUACAACAUAGUGGUUAGACCAGCUUGUACUUUACAAUAUAAUUGUGUUUGUUGCUCUCAGUCUCCAUUCCUCUGUGUAUCUGUUGCUGGGUGUGUAGACAUUUGGGGGCACUGCUACCUGUGAGAGAGAGAUUGCAUUCGUGAUCCGGUGUGUGGGAACUGCUAAGAGAAAGCUGGUGGAAAACACCUCCAUUUGUGUGAGAAAGACUUAACAUCCUUUUGAGGAAGAGACACGUGAUCCUUUAUUUUUUGUGAGUUUCAAGAAGUGUUGGCCCUUGUCUAUCUCAGACUGAGAUGCCUCAGACUUGAGCACGCUGAUGGUUUGCUUUGCUUUUCUGAGAUGUCCCUAAUUUCCCCUCAUAUUGUUUUUUUUGUUGUUGCUGGUUUUUUUGUAUGCUGGCCCCAUUGUUUAUGUAUGAAAUAGGACAGAUGUCAGAGGUCUUUGAGGGUCUUCAUCAUGGCUGACCAAGGGCAUCAGUGAGGAUUGAAGAUACUCCUUUAGGCAGCACAUAAAUACCCAAAGAGCACAUAAAUACUCAGUCUACCCGUUCACCCCACGUCCCCUCAAACCUUCCACAUGAUCCCUGAUAUAGCUCUCUUGCACCUCAAAUACUCAGUCCUAUCCUUCAGUCUCUUCCUAUUCAGUAGGUUCCUGUCAGCCUGAUUGAUGUCUAACUGCUACCCUGCCAGCCCAAUUGCCCCUAACAGCCCUCUCCCUGCAGGCCUGGUUGCCCCUAACUGCCCUCC